CGUCGCUCGGGUAUCACUCCACAGACCGUCUCGUUACAGCCAACGGGAGAAUUUGAAGGUAGUGAUGGGCAGUGGUCGACAUUCGCCGUCUCUGUCGGAUCGGACAAUCAGCCUUUUCGGGUGUUGGUAUCGACCUCCUCUCCCUCUACGUGGAUUCCAAGAGAAGGUUCCUGCAGCAAUGGCAACCCACCCAGCAACUGUACCGGGUUAAGAGGGAUAGAGGCGAACUUUGGCACCAAAAGCCAGGGAUAUCAACUCGCCCCGUCAAAGGAGUUGGACCAAGGUGUUUAUCCUCUUAAAGUUGGAAACGACGAUACGAAAGAACGAUAUGGACCAUCUUUUGAUAUGGCCGCGAGAUUUGCGAACGACUCAAUCAGCCUAUCCAGCGACACUGGCAACGACGUGACACUGGAUUCUCAAGUCAUCGCUGCUUUUGUUACAAACAAAACUCUCCUGGGCACCUUGGGAUUGUAUUGGGGUCACAAUACCUUUGGAAGAGUAUCCGUAGGGUCGAUGUUCUCCACGAUCCCCAACAGCACCACCUCUUUUCGGCCGAGUCUCUCGUAUGGAUAUACCGCGGGUGCAGUUUACUCACCCCCCAAAUUCCUUGGUAGCUUGGUCAUUGGAGGAUACGAUAGCUCAAGAUUUGAUCCAUCUCCGUAUUCCUAUGAGUUGGAUAAGACCACAAAGGAGAUGCGCCUCUCCGUGCAAUCCAUCAAAGCGGUCUAUAAAUCUGGGAGCGAUGCUCUGGAUUUAUCGAGAGAGAGUUAUGAACUUGAACGACACACUGUUCUUCUGGACUCCACCUUACCCUAUAUGUUCCUUCCGCGGAGCAUUUGUGACCGGUUUGAAGAAGUGCUUGGUCUUACAUACGACAACCGCACUGGUCUCUAUUUAAUGGAUGAGGCAAAUCGGUCAAAGCAUCGCGAUCUUAACACGACUAUUCAGUUCAACCUUGCGGAUGCCUACUCCUCAGCCAGUAUCACACGCAUUUCAUUGCCAUUUGUAGCCCUCGACCUCGAAGCCUCUUGGCCGACUGUUCCCAACGGGAAUCACACACGAUUCUUUCCUAUUAGAAGGGGCGUUGCAUCCGAUAAAUACAUCUUGGGCAGGGCAUUUAUGCAGGAAGCAUACAUCAUUGUGGACUAUGAGCGGGGAAACUUUUCUGUCGCACAGUCACGAAAUUUCGGUCCAGCCCCUUCACCAAACAUCAUCGCCAUCACUUCGCCUCAUACAAAGGAAAAGGAAGGUGGGCUCGGCGCUGGAGCCUUGGCCGGCAUCGGUAUCGGUGCUACAGUGGUGGUUAUUGCCAUGUGCGCGCUCGCCUGGUACUUGUUCAAGGGAAGGCAAAAGAAGACACCGAAAAUUGAACUGGACGGCACAGCCGUGGAACCUGAAAAGCCUCCAGCCGACAGGGACCAGGACAGACGUCACACCGUAUUCAGCAUCGCAUCUUCCGAACUGCCCGGAUCGCCCGUGCCCAGAAUAUCGAUGCCCGGAAUAGCG